AUGUCUAAUAAUUAUCCACAAGCCACUGAAAGUCGGGCUCGUGAGUUGGCUGAGAAUUAUAAUGCAAUCCUAUCCAAAGUUGAUAAGCUAAACCCUAGUGUUCGGUUGGUUGCUGUAUCAAAGUUUAAACCAUCAUCCGAUAUAAUGGCUUUGUAUUCCAUUGGUGUACGUCAUUUUGGUGAAAACUAUGUGCAAGAACUUGUUGCAAAGUCUCAGGAGUUACCCAAGGACAUUUGCUGGCAUUUCAUUGGUGCACUACAACUGGGGAAAGCAAAGGAUUUGAGUAAUAAAGUUGCAAACUUGUAUGCAGUUGAAACCGUUGAUAGCUUGAAAAAAUGUAAGCAAUUGAACAAUGCGAGAGCAAGAAAUGACGGCGAAGUGAUCAAUGUCUAUUUGCAAGUAAACACUUCUGGCGAAGAGCAGAAAUCAGGUUUCACAAGUGAGGAGGAUAUGCAAGAAACAAUUGAGUACUUGACCAAUGAUCCGGAGUCCACAAAGUUGAAAUUCCAAGGGUUGAUGACAAUCGGGUCUUUUGCCGAGUCUACAAGCGGUGAAGAGAAUCACGAUUUUAAAAAAUUGCAAGAAUUUAAGGAGAAACUAGAUAAAAAGUAUGACUUGGAUCUUCACUUGAGUAUGGGAAUGAGUAACGACUUUGAGCAGGCUAUCAAACAAGGUAGUACCAGCGUCAGAGUCGGAUCCUUAAUAUUUGGAGCAAGACCAAAGAAAGAAACGUAA